GAACAGGAUUUCUGCUUCAACAAGGCGACGACGUUUUGUGCUGUAACAAGCUGAAAACAAGACAAACGGAGAGUUUUUAAGCGGUACUACAUAGUUUUAAUUACAACAAUGGCAGAAGGAGGAGAUGUGGAGUGGGAGCUGAGCAAAGAAAACAUUCAGCCACUGCGGCGGGGCAGAGCCAUAUCAGCCUUACAUCAAGCCCUCAGUCAACACCAGGAUGGGCUCAACUCUGCCAUCUACCAACAGAGACAGGCCUUUGAGUCUGAGCUUCGAAUGUAUGAAGGAGAUGAUCCACUUGAUGUUUGGGAUCGUUACAUUAAGUGGACUGAGCAGACCUUCCCUCAGGGAGGAAAGGAAAGCAGCCUCGCCACACUGCUGGAACGAGGUGUUACCAGAUUCACAGAGGAAAAGAAAUACCACAACGACCCACGUUAUGUUGACCUCUGGAUUAAAUUUGCAGAGAACAGCACUGAGCCCCUGGACAUUUACAGGUACAUGCAAGCACAGGAGAUAGGAGUCACACAGGCAUCCCUCUACAUUGCUUGGUCUGAGGAAUAUGAGAAUCAGGGGAACUACCGAAAAGCAGACUUGGUCUUCCAGGAGGGAUUCAAGAAGUGUGCUGAGCCGCAUGAGAAGCUCCUGCAGUUUCACAAGGCUUUGCAGGCACGUGUGUCCCGACAGGUGAUGAUGAACCUGGAUGAAGAUGAUAGUGAUGAUGAGUCUAGACAACCUGAGAGAGUUUCUCUUGUUGACCUCAAACACAGAGGGAAGAAAAAGGCCAUCGCACCCAUCAACAGAGCGGGUUCUGCAAUCAGAAACAUUUCUGGAGGCCUGCAGUCACAAGGCGGCCCGGUCUCCGGUAACGCUUCAAACAGUCGGUUGGUGGUCUUUGAUGAAAACAAGGCUCAAAGUGCUGGCCCUUCAGAACCAAAGUUGGAGCCAUGGAUGGCUCCUCCCUCUUCCAGGGCGAAGGAGAACGAGCAGAGGACAGAGAGAUGGUGUGAUGUGAAGAUGCCGCAGAAGUCCAAAUUUGGACGCACUGUUAUGGCUCCACCACCUCCUAAACCAACCUUCCAACCAUUUGUUGAGGAGUCAGACCAGCCUCCAACCAUGACUCCAUGUAAGAUCAACCCGGCAGUGAACACAGUAUUAUCGUCUCGUAAGCCCUGCAGAGAGGAAACGCCUCUGAAGAGACUACAGGAGCACCAUCAGCAACAGAAGGAAGCGGAAUCGGGAAAACCACAGGAGCAGAGCAUGUACUGUAAAGAGCUGCUGCUCAGUGGCGCCACUGAGUUCUGCUUUGAGGAACUGCGUGCUGAACGCUACUUCAAGAAGAUGCAACAGGAGGGCAGAGAUGAAAAGGAUUAAGCUUGUGCUAGCUGAUCAUAUGAACUCUAUCAAGGCAGCUCGCCAUUUCUUUGCCAUGGACUUUGACUUUCAUUUAGUAGAGACUUUACUAGUAAGUAUCAUGUAAUUACUGCUUUGUGUUGUUUGUUUUACUCCUGUUUAUAUUCUUUUCAUGGAAAAUUGAGUUCUCAGAAUGGUCAAAAAAAACAAAACGGGUAAAUGUUUUUUAGAGACCCAUUGAACUCACAUUAUUUUAGUCUGAUGGAUUCACUGAAACACAACGUGUGGAGCACCUGGACAUAGUAUAAAUCACCACAAAAAGACGAUAGCAAGGAUUUAAGAUCUACACAUUUUCAACUAAGACUUUCGAACUCAAACCAUUUAAACUACUAGUACUGCACGCAUAUAAGAAGUCAACUCACUGUACUAUACACUUCAAGUCUCUGAUGCAGAGACUCUGCUGGCUCUAAAUCCAGUCCUCCAUUUUUCAAGGUUCAAAGUUGUCUUUAUUAUCCCUGUGAGAGGACACUUUGCAGUCAGCAGUAAAAUAAAUACAUACAGCCAGCAAUCAGCAAACAACAUAAGAAGGUCACUAAGAAGUAAAAGAGUCCAAUGGACAAUCAGUAAACACAACAUAUAGAAACAGAGAAAACGUUCUACUGCACCUGAAGAACUUCUGGACAGGUGACGGAGGCUGUAACGUUAUCGCUGAAACCCAAUCUUGUCAGAAAUAUGUGACCAUAAUAGAAACCACAGGUGACUUUGUCUCAUCCUGUUAUAGUACCCUUCUUAAUUACAUUGUUCUUCAGAAUUUUUAUAUAGUUGGCUGAUUUGUUUUGUACGUGUUUUGUUUUUUUGAACAUCUGAGUGAGGGUUUAAGUGAGUGGAUUUCAUCUGUUUUUUUUUUUUAAAUGUCCCAUUCUGAGAGAAAUGUCACUUCAAGGCCAUUUUUCAUUGAUGUUCAAUAAACGUGUUUAAAUGUC